CACCCUUCUGACUCAUAGAUCUCAUUUUCUCACUUGAAUCAUCACAAGUGAAUCAUUCCUAAGAUGUUCUGGAGAAAUGUAUUAUGGAUCAUUGUACAUGAAUGACUGCCAUCUGGUGGAAAAAUAUUGUUUUAAAGAAAAAACAAAACAAACAAAAAAAAAACAAAAAUACUGGGAGUAGCCUCAUGAUGUCACUCAGGUUAGGCAACCACUAACUGCCUAACUAGUUUUUACCAGAAUACAGAUGCCUUCACCAGAACACCACCUCCACGUUAAGGCACCUACCAUUUUUAUCCAAGAGACUAAAUCUGCUGAAGGUAAAUUCUGAGGGAGCAAGAAAAAGGAAAAAAGAGACAGGGGAAGAGAGUUAUGGCUUCCUCUAGCAAUCUCUUAUAUGAAGAGCAGCUCCAAUGUUCCAUCUGUCUGGAUGUGUUCACUGAUCCAGUCUCUACUCCAUGUGGACACAACUUCUGUAUGAUCUGUCUCAAAGAGUUCUGGGACACCAGUUCACAUUACCAGUGCCCAAUGUGCACAGCAGAUUUCCCCAAAAGACCUGAGCUCCGUGUAAAUACUUUUAUUUCUGAACUGAGUGCUCAGUUUAAGAUAUCAGUUCAGGUGAAAUCCAGCAGCACUGCAGAUCAACCUUUGUACCUAAAACCUAAAGGGGUUCUGUGUGACACCUGCACUAAGGAAAAGCUGGAGGCUCUAAGGUCCUGUCUGGACUGUGGGGUUUCUUUUUGUAUUACUCAUCUGAUGCCUCAUAAAACUACAGCUAAAUUAAAAAAACACAAACUGAUUGACCCUGUGGAGAACCUGGAGGACUACAUCUGCCAGAAACAUGAGAGACCCCUGGAGCUGUUCUGUACAGAUGACCAGAUGUGUGUGUGUCAGUUCUGUAUUUUGGGAGACCACAAGAAUCACAACACUGUUCCUAUGGAGGAGGAGAGUCAAGAGAAGAAGAAUCACCUCGUGGAGACACAGAAACAUGUUCAGAAGAUGAUCCAGAACCGACAGGAAAAGAUUGAGGAGCUCAAACAGUCUAUAGAACUCAAUAAAAAACACACAGAGAAGGAAAAAACAGAAAGCAUGAAGAUGUACAGUUCUCUGAUGCGCUGUAUUGAGAGAAGCCAGGUUGAACUGCUUAAGGUGAUGGAAGAAAAGCAGAACGCAACAGAGAGGCAAGCAGAACAGUUCAUUAGAGAACUGGAGCAGGAGAUAAUUGAAUUAAAGAAGAAAAACAAUGAGAUGGAGCAGGUCUUACAUACACAGGAUCACCUCAAGUUUCUACAGAUUUACCCUUUUCUGCAUGGACCUUUACACAGCAACAAUUGGAAUAAUGUCAGAAAUAAUUCUCAUCUGAAUAUGGAGACACUGAGGAGAGCUCUGCAUCAGCUUCAGGAGUCUCUCAAUGAGGAGAUGAAAAAGCUUCCAGAGAUUGAACUGAAGAUACUUCAACAAUAUGCAGUGGAUGUGACUCUGGAUCCUGAGACAGCAAAUUCUAAACUCGUUCUGUCUGACGAUCGGAAACAAGUGAGCCAUGAAGGAAAGCGACAGAUUCUCCCCGAUAACCCAGAGAGAUUUGACCGUUUUCCUAGUGUACUGGGAAAAGAGGGAUUCUCCUCAGGGAGAUUUUACUAUGAGGUGCUGGUCAGUGAGAAGACUAAGUGGAUGUUAGGAGUGGCUCGAGAGUCCAUUAACAGGAAAGGAAGCAUUACAGCAUGUCCCGAAAAUGGAUACUGGACCGUGUGCCUGAGAAACAAGACUAAAUAUGAGGCUUGUGAAUUUCCUCAUGCUCAUCUCUCCCUGAAACAGGCUCCUCAGAAGGUUGGGGUGUUUGUGGAUUAUGAAGAGGGACUCGUCUCCUUCUAUGAUGUUGAGGCCAAGUCUCAUAUCUACUCUUUCACUGGUCAGUGUUUUACUGAUAAACUCUAUCCACUCUUCUGCCCCUUCCUCAAUGAUGGAGGUAAAAAUUCAGCACCACUGAUUAUUACGCCAGUUGAACAGUCUAAGUGAGAUUCUUCUUCACCAAAACUUGGCUAUGUGAAACCAAAAUCAUAGCAACAUACCUUCUUGCUUCUCACCCAUCAUAUAAAACAUCAUAAUACAUACUAACAUGUUAUGGUUACUAUUGUAACAACUUACAAAGGGACCUGUAAUGGCGGACCAUCCACAUAAAUGGAUUUAAGAACAUUUAUCACAUUUUUUCAGCAUUGAUAUUGAGAAGUUUUCUACGUGUAAAUUUAUUUAAUGUUUCUGAAAGUUGUCUGCAAUGUCAGCAUUUUGUAACAGUCAGGAGUAAAACAGUCAGAGGCAAAGCUGAACCUUUAUGUCUUUUUUUUUUUUUUUUUGAAAUUGUGUUUUUAAUUUGUGUAACAGUAGUGAAGUAACAACCUCAUAACUGUUGCAGGCUGUAUACAGUAGAUCACUGCUGUCAGGUUGAAGGUGCGUGGACGCCACCUAGUGGUCACAGAGGAUUUGUGCUUAAUAACCAAGUCAAUUAAUUUACUCUUUUUUUAUAAAGCAAAUAUUGACAACAUUAAAACACAGUUUAUCAUCCAAGCUCAUGUUAUGGCCAUUAAAACUUUAUCAAGAACACAUUUUUAUUUUGAAAUUUUAAUCUGUGUUAUACAGCUGUUGAAUCCUCUAUUCUGAUUGGUCAGAAGUUGUUGAUUACUAUAACAGCAGCUCUGACAAUAGUGUACGCCCAAAUCACAAGCUUAUAUUAACACACUUGUUCUAACACAUUAUCAGUUUGAUAGUAACAGCUUAUUCACAGGGACUUAUAAAGGUGAUGGUUUACAAAAUUAUGGAUUAAAAACUUGUGUAAUCAUUGAUGUGGCGUAGUGAAGAACAUCUCCGUGAGAUGUUUAUUUAACUUUUACAGAAGGAGCUGUCCCUCGUCGACUUUGCUUUGUAAGAGUCAGAAGUAAAGAUGUAACUUUAAGUCUUCAGGACAGAGGGCUUUGCGAUUUCUCUGACAAGCUCAAGCUCAGCAGAGAGAAAAAAAGGGGCUGGUGAGGGAACGACUGUUUAUAGCUGCUAUAUUGUAAGUGAAAACAAGAAAUAAUGCAUUUCAUGGAUGUUCUGCAACACUAAAUGUAACUAUAAAUGGACAAAAAGGUACAAUGUGCAGGGGUGUAGCCAGACCUUUUACAAUGGGGUUGCCAGGUUAGACCCAGUGACUUUAUUAUGGUGGCAAUAAUUUAUUAAUUUGGGGGCAUAAUACUAAUCUACACCCUUAGAAAAUUACAUAAUGUCUGUACAUAGCUGAGGAGUAUCUCUAUCAUGCGUAAAAGGCA